AUGUAUAUUGCAGAAUGAAUAUAUGAAUAUAUAGAUAUAUAUUAUCAUUGUCGUCAUUAUCGCCGUCGUCGUCGCGAUCGCGACCGUCGUCGUUCAUCACCGUCAUUAUCAUCUUAUUCGUCAUCGUUAUAAUCAUUAUUAUUAUUAUCAUUAUUAUUAUUACUAUUAGCGGAUAUUAUUGUGAGUAUAUUAUGCCAAUUAUAUGAACGUGAGAGUAUUAAGUAAAGCUAGUAAGAAAGCACCAUAAGACAUAACACAUGCGCGUUAAUGACGGUCUAUACAUACAUAUAACAAAGCAUACACACGGACACGCAUAUGUAAAACUGUGUUGUGAGCAUCAGAUUACUUUUUCCGUUUGUAGUUAAUUAAAUCCUUAAGUUUCCGUAUGGUUUAAACAUUUUUUUGAUGCAGGUACUCGCGCAGAGAGAGGAGGAGAGAGAGAGAGGGUGGGAGAGUGAGAGAAUGUGAGAAUGACAGAAUGAGAGAAUGAGAAUGAGAUGGAGAGAAAGAAUGAUAAGCCAUUAACAUGUGUUAGAUAAUUGAAAACGGAAAAGGACAACAAAAAUUUUCGAAAGAUCAUUGUAAUCUGUUCUUAAUUUUAGCAAUUUUCUUCUGUUACAUGUAUGAAUUACAUUGAAACUUAAGUUUUUUACAUAGCAGACUGAUUAAUUGAUGAACUACUCAGAGCAAUUGUGUGAUUAUAUAUUAAUUAUUAUUUAAUUAAUUAUUGAAAAAUGUAACUGAUUUCAAAUAAUCCUUCGAAACGGACAAUUUGAUUUGAUUAUCGGGGUUAUCAGAGAACAUAAUAAUUCAUGAUUAAUGCAUACCAUUUCACACACGAAGCGUUCCAAGUACCUUAGUCAUUAGCAGCGGACAAAUGAAUUAUUGUCUAUUCGUCAUAGUUUAUAUAAAUUUCUUUUAAUAUAUAUUUUAUAUAUAUAUAUAUAAAUUAGUCGAUGUGUGUUGAUUCUAAUCUCUUUGUAUGAUAACUCUUAUAACAUAUUAUAUAUUUUUCUCUAUGUAGAAAUUUGAGAAUUUUUCGUUGCUUGUGUAAUUUAUACGUGGUGUGUAACAAACCUUUUACUUGUGGUAUAAAAUUAUUUAAAUAUUUUAUCUAUUAUCUUUUAUGAGAGAAUACGUAGAAUAUCGCGAUAUAAUGGGGCAUUUUCGGCAUUCUCGCUGUUAAUUAAUUAAUUAAUUAAUCGAUUAUAAAUCUGUUUCGUUCUUAUUGAUUGCCAUGGAGCGCGUUUCAGCGUAUUUUUUAUGUGGCGUGUUUUAUGAGUGAUGGUUAGUGUGCCAAUAUGUACCCGACGUUAGUUAUUACGUCGGCCAGCACGAUCGGCAAGUAAUUUACGGAAAGAUCGGGGACGGGACCUUUGACAAAAUGACCGGCGUCGAGGCGAUCAAACGAUCUGCUCAGUUUCGUAAAAUGCCUCCACGGUAACCGCCUAUUCCAUGUUCAUCCUUUUCUGUUUCUCUUUCUUUCUUCGUUUUGGGAGAAAAAGGCAAGAAGUCUCUGUACCUUAAGUAGCGUAACGCAUAGUAUACAAUAAUGGCUAUCCAUGCGAUUCACCAAUUAUUGCUCUUAUUAUUAUUAUUAAUUAUUUUUAUUGUUAUUAUUGCUAUUCUUAUUAUUAUUAUUAUCGCUAUUAUUAUUAUUAUUAUAUUGCGCAAAUAAAAAAACGAUUACAACCAGGAAAAUGAAAAACAAGCUUGCAGUAUUUCACCUUCCUUUAUUGAAAAAUUAAUGCGUACUCUCAACGAUUAUCACGAGUAGUUUCUCCAGAUAUGGCUUCAGUAAACUUGAUAGAUCCAAGUGCACACAAAUAUUGAUGAUAUUGUAGAUUUUUUAAUGCCAACAAAUUACGAACUAAUUUAAUAACGAUGAAUUAGAGAACUGGAGAAAUAUAACAUUUUAUCUUUAAUUUGUAUUUGCAUUUUACAUUUAUUUAAAUAAUUAAAUUAAAGUUCAUUGACUUUUUAAGAGAGUCGAUAAAACCUUUGAUUAACAGCGUAAUAUUUAUAUUUCUCACAAAAAAAAUUGAAUGCAACUUCGAAAUCGGAUCCAAAUAGGAAAAUUCAGACGUCACCUCGUGCUAGAGAUACAAAAUAAGCACAUCAGGUAAGAUUAAUACUUAAUACUAUAAAUAUUAAUUAUUUUUCUUAAACUAAUAAUCAAUUCCAUAAUCAAUUAAUUCUCUCUGAAUUUGAAAUGUGUGCGCGCGAUCCAGUAUCCAGUAUUUAAGAAACAAGUUUAUUACGAAAAGAUUCGGCAUGAUUUCAUUACCGAUUGAAUACAGAGUGAAUCAAGUUCGAGUCACAAAAAUAGAAAAAUUUAUUAAAUAAGUUUAUUAUAUUGUAUCAUUGCAGUAUUAUGUUUUUUGUAUAAUAUGAUUUUAUAUUGUUUAAACUAAUUUUUUAUGUAUUAUGUAUGAAUAAUAUGAUUUUUGGUCAGUUUUUCAUGAAGACAUUGUUCAUCGACAUAAAGCCAAAUGAGGCUGCUUAAGAUUUCGCAGAUGAAAGAAAAACGUUCUUGAAAGGAAACGAGCUUAUGAAGUUGAAAGAUGAAACUACAUGUAUAGAAAUCACCGUUGUUUUCACUGGAUAAAGGUUUGAUUCGAAAAAAGUCGAUUUUGUUCAAGAAGGGCACGAUGAAAAUCAAGUGAACAUCAAAUUAUAAUAGAUAAGACAUUGUUUUUUAACUGGUACAAGGGCAUUUGCUUAUUUUUGACUAAAAUAUUAGAUUUGUAAAGAGGCUUUUUGCGAUCGUGGGAUUUAUAUCCCUAAAUACACAUAUUAGAUAAUUAUAAUGGAUAUUAUAAUUAGGCAAGGUAAAAUUAGGAAUAAUUAAAAUAAGAUUUGAGGUUUAUAUCUUAAUAAACGAUUUAUAUAAGUGGGAACACAUGAUGCUGUGCAUCUGCGCACGUAACGAACGUGUAAUAAUACAUUGCGAUGGCCGAAUUCUCGCAAAUUUCUACACAGUAUAUCCGGUUCCCACAUCUUUAUCAUAUUCUUCAUUUUUAAAUUUGAUGAACUCACUCCAUUUAAAUUUUUACAUAAAAAAAUACUUUGACUUAGAUUUUUGUUUUAUUUAAGAGCUGAUUUAAAGGGCUGUUAAACUUUCCACGCGGUUUAGUUCAAGCCAAAGCCGAUUUUCGAUACCAAGCAGCAUUGUAUUUGGUAACGUACCAUUGUUAAAAUAAUCGUACAAAUCUACUCUACUACCUACAAAAUAAAUAAUCGAAAAGAGAAGUUUGAACAGCGGUCUGCGACACACCGCAGUCCAUCUAGAUUUGCAUGGACACUCAGACUCGUACGGAUCGGUUCGAGACCGAUUAGCGGAGCCUUUGCAGCGAGAAAUGGAUUCCCGUCUGCGACUUUUUGAUAUGCAUUACAUAGAUGAAUACGUUAAAUGAAACGCACGACGUUGCACACACGACUUGUUCCCGCGCGAGCGUGCGUCCGCGCGCGCGUCGUGUCUUCGAGAGAAUCACAAGAAGAUCUGAAAAUUCGACGGACGUGAAAGGAAAUUUCGAGUCGGGACGGAAGGCCGAGGGAUAUCUGCGAUUCGGCAUAUACCUAACGGGCGCAUAUAUCGUACGCACAUAUAUACCGACACAUGUACAAACAUACGCAUUGCAUGGUCUUAAGUGUCUCUGUAUUAAAUGUCUUCGGUGUGUAAUUCUUAGCGCGUUAAGAUUAAUCGACAAAAAAUCGGACAGCACUAAUCUCCUACCUCGAGAUAACGUAUUGAGAGAUGGCACGAGAUACCGGAGAAGGCAUAGCAUGUGAAAAAAAAUGCGUUACCCCGAUAAGGAGGAAGCUAAUCGAGACCGUCGAUAAAUGGGUCAAAGCGAUGAUUUUCUGAUAAUGAAAUUAAAAGCCGUAAAUAUAAUGAGGAUAAAAUAAUUACGUAAUUGUGUGCGCUGGCUAUCACUAGGGAAUAACUAUUGAGAUUUUAUUUUUGGAAAAUCAUAGCAUUUUCCUUUUUACCUUUAGGAUUACCUACAGCCUUCUGGCAAAGCGAAUCGAGAAGGAAGAAGGGUGAAAGUGUGGGGGUGAAUCGUGUUCUCAGUAGCAUGUAUGUGAUUAACUUGUGCCACCCGUACCGUAAAAAGGGAGAUCUUUAUCGAGAUACCGAUGUCGCGAUGACGUUUGUGAAAUUUCCGUAAUUAGAUUAAGAAUGCUAAAGAAGCAGAAUUAAAGAGAAAAAAAGAAAAAAGAAAAGAAGAUAUGGCCGCAUGUAAUCAGGGUGAAUAAGGAUGAAGAAAGGAGGAAUCAAGUGUCUUCGGAAUUAAAAGCGUCGCAUUUUAAAGUGCUCCGGUACUAGAACGCUAAUUAGAAUUAUCGGCAGCCUUUGUGCAUUGACAUAAUCCUUAUAAAUUAAUCGUGUAUAAGCGAGAAUUAAUUAUCUAGCGUUCGAUAAUACUCAAUGUUCGUCUGUUGCAUUCGACUUCCGUGCGCGUUGGCCGUAAUUUUGAUAUUCAGCGGGACUUUUGAUUGGAAUUUGGACGUUUUGAUGACUUUGUACCUUCAGCAAUCUCGGAAGAUUCAUCGAUCGAUAAGCGUCAAAUCAAUCCGAUUGUUAAUCAGCUUAUUUGUCGCCCGUGUCAAUUGCUGGAAACAAUGUAGUCCCUAUUAUGAAAAAAGGACUUUGUGGACAGGUUCAGAACAUUAAGGACAAUGUCAAGAGAUUUUCCGGGAAAUUUACAGAUCAUGGUAAACGGAGCAGAUCUAUAAGUUGCCGGAAGACUAGAUGAAAGGCGAGCCGUUCCGUCGCUAAUUUCGAGCAGGAAAACUAUCUCUUUCUAAACGACAAUAUCGAUAAUCAAUAUAUUGGUUGUCGAAGAAGUCAAAGAAGAAUAAAAACAAGAAGAAGGAGAGGAAGGCCGCGUAAAAUUUUUGCGAAGACACGUGAUGAAGCAACGACGCGAUGUUGUGCAACGUUGGCCGUUGAUCCUCCGCUAAGAUCGAAAGUAGCGAAAGUGAUGUUGCAAGGAACAAGAGUAUCGGAUGCUGCAAACGAUCUUCCCUACUUAAUCCGCGAUAGCGUCACUUGCCAUUCGCUAUUUGUACUGUGAUCGAAAUUACCAAAUGGAGCCGCAUACUUCGCACUGACCAAACUGCGUUAAGCUGCAUGCAUAAAAGAGAACGAGUUUAUUUUAUUUAUAACUGUCUAAAAAUUUAUCGGAUUCGAUUCCAAGUUACGUAAUAAAAUUGGAUGCAGCUAGAUCGGAAGACAGAGCAGGAGAAAUGUGAUUUUUUGGUAUCAUUGUUCAUUGUAACAACGUGAUAUUAAGAUAAGAGAAAAAAUCAUCGAGUUGUCAACAUGAAUCCAACAAUAACAAUCGGAGAGUUCAUCUUUUUAUUCUCGUUAUACGUUUUUCUUGAAAGAUAUAGCAUUGUGAGCAACGUCGAGUUUGCCCUAUCGAUAUUCUAAAGCGAUGGAAAAGUUCAUUUAUGAUACUACGUUAAUAGAAAAGAUCAAAGAGAAAUUUCUCGUUAAAUCUUAAGAAUUUGAAAAUUGACGAGGAUGAAUAAUCCGCGUUUAGAAAAAUAUGUUGCGCUACGUACGACAUAAAAAUAAUAAUUGCUUGACAGGUAAUGCGGCAGAUUAUCGCUUUAAAGCGGAUGUAAUCCGAGAUUACGAUGUGAUCAAUAAUUCGCAUGCUUUUGAACAAACUCUUUCGCGUUUUCGGUACGCGCACGAAAACAUAUAUCUCUGAUACGAGGCCUCUUAAAAGUAAUUAUUGAAUUAUUCGUACUUGGGAACAAUUUUUGAGAAACGAGUGUCGGGUCGUUCUCGCGGUGAUUUGUGAUUAAUCAUUGUCAUGCAGUAAUUAUGAAACAUACAUCUCGCAAGAAAACAAUGACGUUCUCGUGCGAGCUUAAUUACGCGCGUAGGAGAAAUGUCAGGCAUAACGUAAUUUAUCUCUAAAAAAGGUAAUAUCUUUGCGCAUAUGAAACAAAGUUAGUAGGAAGAGACGAAGAUCAAAGUGCUACAUUAUAUAAAAGUGCUACAUAGCGAAAGAAGAUCACGCGGAUUUAGUAUGAUACAUUGUCAUAUUUCUUCCGUAUUAAAACAAAAACGCAAGGAAAAUCUUAGAUGCGUAGUUUUUAAAGGACUGUGCUUUUUUUUAGAAAAAUAGAAGGAUCUGUGUCCAGGAAAAUGUAGGCAAUUAAAAGCAGUAAAGGCGUUUCCAUUAAUAUAAUGAAUUUUGCAAUUUAUUCUUGAAGCAUACAUACAUACAUAACUUUACCAUUUGCCAGUUUGAUUGGCUCCAUAGAAAGAUAUACAUUUGUAGUAACAAUUAAUUCGCGGGUCACCAUCUUUUUAAUAUCACUUUUAUCGUAUUUCUCUCUGUAUUUUAUUUUCCGAUAUUUUUUGAAUACUCUUCUCCUCUUCCAGUUUGCUUAUAUCUCCGAUGCCUGCUGCAAUAUAUUGUAGGAUUAUAUAAUAAAAAUACAUAUAAAUCGAAGGUUCACCCUAUUGGCUGAAUGUACGCUUCUAAAAGGACAUUUUCAGUGGCCGACGCGACCUACAGUGACGCAAAUGAAAGACUUACGGAAUAAACUCACGAUGAACAAAAAUGCAAAUAAAUAUAAGUAAAAUGUUGCGCGUAUAUCUUUCUUAACAUUCAGCAGCAAUUUCGAUACGAGGGGCUGAUGGUGGCCGGAAACGCUUGGCUUCCUCGCCAACCCCUUUUUCACCGGUGCCGCGGUGGCGGUGGAUUAGGAGAUACAUCGAGAAAUAAAUGAGAGCUCUCGGAGAGACGGUGAAGCGCCAAGAGCGGAAUGGCCCGCUCGAAAAAGUAACACGGCUACCGGGCAAUCCAUUAUCUCGGAAAAUAAAUGAGCGUAGAGAUUCCCAUUGGUGUAUGUCAGUGAUCGUGUUCUUUGAUGGAGCGGCCGCGGGUGAAGCUCUUUCGAGACCGGAAAAACGCGCGCGCGCGCGCGCGGCGGCCAACGUGGGGAUGCAGGAACGUCGCACGUGCCAAUAAUGAGGAACGACACAAAGGAAACCACAUACGCGCACGUGAGAGAAUCUCUUACUUAGGGUAGAUACGAAUAAGUGUUCCUUCGACUCAGCGCGUCCAAUCUGGGGAAGAAAGGAAACGGUAAUUAAGGAUCAAACGGUCGCGCUUUCGUGCGGAGGUAGCAGACACGUGAAAUCUCACGGGGAAAUAUUCGGUGAUAGUCGCGUGUGUUUCCCGUAUUUUAAGCGAUGGGUAGAUUUAAUCCAUUGUUGCGCGCAAACAUGGUUAUCAUUAAGCAGCUAUGUAACACUAAACGAUAAGUAGAUCGAUAACGGUAUUCUAAAUAAGCGCUAUUAACCCUGUCGCCGGAUAAUAAUGACUUAAUGGGAGGGACGAAGAGGGUCGUGAAUUAUUGCCAAGAGGAGGGAAAAUCAGGAGAGACUUAGCGAGUGGUUUUCGUGCGAAUCUCUCCGCACGUAAUUGAAUCCGAUGCGUAAACACGAUGGACAAGCGCAGGACCGAUACAGGUUGAUACAGGCUGUUCUGGAAUUCGCCGUUUAGGAUCGAGAAAGGUGCGAUUUCUCGAGAACAUCUCGUGAAUAUAAUAAUGGAUCUCGAUGUACUCGCAGGGGUGGAUUUCUAUCUGACGUAAGAGACCUCCAGCACCCGCGAGGGUAGCGCAACAUUUCAGAAGUAACUCUUGAAGUUCUUUAAAGUCGUUCUACAUUCGCAACGCAUUUUUCUCUUAAAAUCCUUUCUCGCUUGAGAAUUACUCGCCUUUAACGGGAAUAGUUUCGAUUCUCUCGACAAUCCGAAGCUGAACUAAUUUUGCCAGCUUAUUUCUUCAGCUCAGCAAAAGGCGGAUACUAUCACGCUGGAGCAAGAUUUCUCGGGAGAGAUUGGGGUAACAUUCUUCAACGGGUUUUUAACGAAAGUUAUUAAAGCUCGGCUGAAGGUAUAUUCGACUGUCGAUCUGUUCAUAAUUAACGUUAUCUCGUUUACGAAUAAGAAAGUAAGUACCUGUAAGAAAAUAAGAGACACAAAAUCGAUGGUAGUUCAUUUCAUUGCAUUUAUAUCGUACAUCAAUAAUGAUAUAUUAAAUCGAGCUAUUAAACAAGUGUUUAAAUUAAAGUAGAAAGUAAUCGACGUUAAAGUAUUUCUAACGAACACGCAAACGUGCGCUCGUGGACGACAGGGGAGGAGAUCACGGGCAGAUCGAAAAUUCGUGCGAUUGCACGGCGGUUUCUCGUUCCGCGGUGAAGCGCCAAUCGCGAGCGCACUCGUUAUCUUCGCAAAGGAAGAAACGAACUAACGUAAUCGGGGCAAUUAUAAAAGAAGAGAUAUAUGUGAUUGCGCAUCACGAAGAAAUCGUUAUCGUCUUUUAUCAGCCACCGACCGUCGCUAAAUUCCGAUCGAUCGUGACGAUACUUGUAGGCCGCGAGAUCGUAACGAUGUGAACGUCGGCGGUAAUUGUAUACAGGGUGUUAAACAAAUUUCAAGUUCGAUCGGCGGAGAUAAAAGCGAGGGCAAUUCGUCGUGCGAAUUGCAGCGUCGAGCGGUUGCUCUUCGGCACAACGCGUAGCUUCAGCUCGCCUGACAAACGUUACUUUCCACUCGGAUUUUACUGCGUUGAGGAAGUGCGAGGUGCAUCCACUUCCGGCGCGCAUAUCGUGCGGAAGCGAUUUUCUCUGCGUUUCGGACGACGAGGCCUUACAAAGCUGAAACAGCGGCGGAAGCUUCGUAUGUAAGGAGCCUUAAGAAGUGACGUGCUUAUCAAAGAGGCCUAUUAAACGGUACUUUCCACUUGAAGACUCGCAUUCAUGAAUCUUCCUCGCUUUUUCGGCCUUUCGAAACUCUAUAUCCCAAAACAGAGAUUAACGCCACUGUCAAAGUAACGCUUUCGUCUAGUAGAACUUCGUUCCACGUCACGCGGGGAUGCGAUUCAUCAUUCUUCACAUUGCAUAGAUCUAUCGGGAGGCAGUAUAACGUAUGCGCGCGCGUAUGUAAUAUGAAUGGGGAUGUCAUGUGUGCGUGUGUGCCUGCUAUUCCUUUGACGCGUUUCGAUUACCUCUGAGCCGUGUGUCUUAUCCGCCGAGUUUUCCCCAUGACAUAUCAAUGGAAGCGAUUCCGGGUGACGAUUAUGGCUGUAACUCGCUUGACGAGAGCAAGCGGCGGUCGUGUGGGUCGCAUAAAAAACGGAAGCGAUCGCGGAUUGUCGCGACAAUUGUGAGUCUUAGCUUUGGGUGGAGAGGCGGAAGGAAUGAGACAAGGUUUGAUCAUCUCGCGCACGUACUUCUUUUCUUUUGACCCUCCUAAGAUGGACUUUUCUCUCCUUUGAUGGAGACGACAUGCCUCGAGAAAGAACUUGAAAGGAUUAAUGUUGGGAGAAGUGUAACGUCUACUCCCCAGUGGUCCGUGAGGUCCAACAAACCGGAACUCGCGACGAAAGUUACGCGAGUCUCUCUCGAAAGUUUCGCAGUUCGCGAUUCUUACCCCGUUUAACGUGUUUACGUUGUCUCUUUCUUGUUCCCUCCGUGUUCCUUUUUGUCGUCCAUACACACAUAGAUAGAAGUAUGCCAGCUCUACUUCGCGCGCAUCGUAACAGUUAGGGGGAUAAUGUACGAGUUAUAGACUUGAUCCUUCGAACUUGGACGUCGGCGUUAGGCGAACAGUAUUUUGUAUCGUUGUUGUAAUCUAGUUACUGUAAACCCGAAAACUUAACGCAAAUACGUAGUGACAUGUGAAGUCGGCGAGUGCUCUCGUGUGAUUCAUUCAUUGGAGCGUUAUCGAUAUUGGAAAAUCGUAACGGAUCAGUCACGGAUUUCAGAACUGGGAUAUUUUAAACAUGACUAACAGAAAUAUUCCGAGUGAAACAUAAAUUUUUUGUUUUAUAAAUUUUGCAAAAGUAUAUUGCUGUUGUUUCACGUUUUAAAAUGUAUUUUAAGCAGUAUCUCUUAGACUAUGUGCUGUUAUUCGUUAUCAGUAUUAGCGAAUACGAAACAUAAUUUUAGCACGUACUCUUCGAGAUACUUUAUAACAACGUUUCUUAUUUUGUAUCCGACAUACAUUUUUGGAGUGCAUUAUCCAGUUUUAAAUUCGAGGAUAAUACUCGAUCAAGAAUUCGAGAAUCUCGCACCUUCUCCAUCCUUGCUCGUGCGUGCCUCCAAAUAGCACUGAAAUAGCGAGAAAACCUGAGAAAGAGGAAACUCUAUGAUAAGAUGAGAGAAAGAAAGAGAAGAGAGAGAGAGCACUCGAAGGAUUUGAGUAUCCGUUCAUAAGUAGUACGUUCUCAAAUGUAGGUAAUAAAAUGUCGAGGCGAAGAGUAUUUUUUCUAGGAAUGUUAGUGGACCAGCCAGCGCAGGAACAUUAAUAUCGUAAAAUCGCGGCGAAUUUCAUAAUUUAUAAAUUACAGGAAAACAUAAAAAAAUGCAAAAUUAAAACUGUAACUAACAGGAGAAAUAAAAAAAAAUAAGACGUCGGUUGUUGGAUAAGGGGGAUUCAGUGGAGCUUGCAACACAGUGAAAUGAUACUCAAAUGAUAGUAUAAAUGCAGAUUUCGUAGCCCGUAAAAACUUUUUUUAGACGUCCUGGAGAGCAAGAUAGAAUGACUGAGAAUGAGAGGUAUAGGAUGGAAGAAAGAAGGAGAAAGAAAGAAAAAGUAUGAAAGAAUGAGAGAGAGAGGGAGAGAGUGAGCGAGUGAACGAGCGAGCAAAAUGAGUUGAGAAAGAGAGGCAUUAACAGAAUUAAAGAAACAAUAUGAAACCGAUAAUAUUAUAAGCAACAAGAAGUGCUUUUAUGAAAUACAAUAUUAUUUAUACCAUCCUGAUAACAUAUAUGUGCAUAUAUAUAUGUAUAUAUAUGCAUAUAUAUAUAUACAUGUAUAAAUAUCUAUAUCUAUAUACAUUAUAUAUCUAUAUAUGCUACGUGAUAAGAGAAGAAUCGUGUAUUAUGUAACAACAAGGUAUAGAUAAGUAUAUUAAUAUAUUACACAAAAAUACGUCAUAUAAAUAUGCGCAUAUAAAAUAUACAUAUAUAUAUUAAAAAUUAUGACCUAUUAUGAUUAUGAUAAUAUUAUUAAUAUUGUAAUAAUUCGUAGUAUUAUAUUGUGACUAGUACAGCAUUAAGUAAUAAAGGUUGUCCUGUAUGUGAACAUGAGUAUCGUCAAAUGGAUGAUCGAUUUGAGAAAAUCAGCAACCCGUCAUUGUUAGUCCUCUUUCCUUUGUUUCCUCUUUAUUAUAAUAUUUUUGCAUUUCUGCUCAUUUCACAUUACACACCUUGUUUUCCCUCUCUCACGAACCAGUCACAGCGCAGCACAGGAUUUACGAAGACGAGCAUGAAGAUGACAGAAGGUAAGUGCAUUAUUAUUCAAACAUAACACAUUGAUGUAACGAGUAGUCUACGUUAAGAAUUUAUAUUUUAUAUUAAGCCAGAUUAUCCUGGCUAGUAAUCAGUAAGAGUCAGAUCGAUAGAUCGCAAGUACUUUGUGUACUAUCGUUUCUAUUCACUCAAAGAUGAAGAGGAACAAAGGUAAGCUGACAAGCAGCAAGAUAAAGUUACGAUAUCUUCCGAUACAGUAUCGUCCAGUCGCUUCACCGCACAUGAACAGUGACAUACUUUUUUUUUGUAAAAACUUUUUCUUUUGCAUUAGCUCAUCAGUUAAUCUAGAUAAGGUCGGGCGACGACAGGAAAAAGAAAGAGAAAGAGAGACAGAGAAAAUGUACAGAAGAUUUUGCUUUAUCAGUCAGUCUAUCGCGAGCGUCAAUGUCAUCACUUCUUACAAAGGAUGAGUCGUGCUCUUGGUUUAUACUCGACUGGUUACACAAUCGUACGUAACUGACGUGUGCAAUAUUACGUCACUUUCACACAUCGUUUCGGAGUAAAUGUCCAGAGGGACGAUCCCACCGUGCGUUGAUUCGCUCCUUUAUUAUGACUGUGCUAUCGUGCGAGCGCGCGUCCACGAGCUACGCGAAUAGCGAACUCGUCUAAACGAUCGUGAUCAGUGAAGUGAUAUACAACGAUGGCAGCGGAAUCGGAUGCGAUUAAUGGCUCUGCUCAAGACACGGCGGAGCGAUUCCAGCAGUACCUGAGAAAAUAUGAGAAGGAUGACAAAUUGGUGAUCCUGCAGGCCGAAAGUAUGCCAGGGUCCAAACUCGGCGACAAUUAUACGUCGGUGUUGAUCAGAACAAAACUCUCUGGUAGACGCGGAGACGGAAGUCCGUAUACCGGAACUUUCAUGACGAAGAAGCUCACCCAACGUCCAGCCGCCAGUUUCCUGAAUCUUUUUGAUUUAUUCCGUAUGGAAGCACAUGUCUAUAAAAACAUAUUGCCUCAUCUUGGAUCCUUCGGUCCUCAAUGCAUAUUUGCCGAUAAAGAGACCAUAAUAAUGGAAGAUCUGGGAAAGAAGGGUUACGUCUACCGGGAUAGACGUGACUUCUUAGACUUCAAGCACACCGCAUGUGCUUUAAAGAAACUUGCCCAAUUACACGCAUCGGCGUUCACAGUGAAAAUCAAGAAUUCGCAGAUGUUCCACGAGAUGGUUCGAUCUCUGGAAGAAAUAAUCUACAAUGACGCUAAUUCACGAAUGAGGGACACCACUGAAGUGUGCAUAACGGCGAUUAUAAAUCAGUUGAAGAUGGUAGAUCCGCGAACGCCGGAGCAGCAGAACGUUCUGGAUCACAUUUCUAAUUAUGCCAGCAAAAGCUAUGAUACGUUGAGCAAACUUUUCAACAAACCUAAGGAAACAUACGACACAAUCUGUCACGGUGAUCCAUGGAACAACAAUCUGCUCUUCCUGCAUGACAACAAUGGUAACAUAAUCGAUCUGAAAAUGGUUGAUUAUCAGAUAUGCAGGUACACUUCGGUGAGCACGGACAUUCUUUACCUGAUAUACACCAGCACGCAUUCCUCCGUGAUCGAGAAGGAUUACGAGAGUCUCAUCAAGAUCUAUCACGACGAACUCAUCCAAGUGCUUCGUCGGAAUUAUAUAAACGAGAAGAUUUUGGCGGACCUCGGAAUGCAUUGGUUGCAGGCCGAACUGAAGAAACAUGCGUUUUAUGGGAUGCUCACCGGAUGCACCUUGGCGCAUCCGAUGCUGGCGAAUGAAGAUGACGCGCAACAGUUCGAAAAUAUGAGCUGGGACGAUAAAGAUAAGACAUCCGACUUGAUCUCUGUUAUAACUGAGAACGUAAAUAAGGAGAAACUUGAUCGAAUAUCGUUCGUUACGUUGGACUAUUACAGAAGGUACAUCUCGGACAAGCCGAUAAAACAAUGAUGAUAAAGCAAUGUCUAGUACGAGAUAGUAUCGAUCGGUCGAUUUCGAAAAGUCACGAUGACUUUUAAUCAUAUUUAAUCGUCAACUUUACGGUAACAGUGGACAAUUAUAGUUUUAGCUUUUAUAUAUAAUAGAUAAUACACACAAAAUGUAUAUAUGAAAAAGAAGUUUCGAUUGCUUGCACAUAUGUGAUAUUAAAUACAUAUGUGAUAUGUAAUAUUAAAAUAUAUCGUUAUCUUUAUUAGAUGUACACGUGGAGUACCUUUUCUUUCUGUAAUGGUUUUAAAUUAUAUAACUGUAAGUCUUGAAAUGUGUGUAUACAAUUGAUGUAAAGUCGAGCGCAUAGUAGAUUUUAUUGUCAAUGUCAUUAUUACUUUAAAAAUAGUUAUAUAAUAGUAAAUACAAUCUUAUGUAAUUUUAUCAAAGUUUAACACAUUGAUAUAUAUAUAUUUUUAACCUGCUGCAUAAUUCUUAUAAUGAUAUAUGUUUGCAAAUAUAUAUACAUCAACAUUUAUUUAAAGACACGGUCUACAUAAAUAAAGAUCAUAAAACAUUAUUAAAUGCAAUAAAUGAAGAUAAGUAUGAUUCACA